AUGACGCUUCGGGGAUGCUACAGAACGAUGUUUGAUACGAACAAUUCCUCAACAGCCAGUGAACCACUGGGAUCGACUUGCAAAAAACGGUAUCACGAUUUGAGCUGUCUCAGUGAAGCAACCUUCAAUGAAGAGAUGUGCUGGUGCUACGGUGAUCACUGUAAUUCCAUCCAGGCGUCCAUACCACCGAUGAUACUCAUUUUCCUCUGUGCCUUGUCAAUUCUUUUUUUGUAA